AGAUUUCCUUAAAUCCUAAAGAUUUCCACUGCCGUUCAGUAGGUGGCGGUACCGCACAUUAAUUCAAUUUGAUCAACCGCAAUUCUAACAGAAGAACAGUGAGAACAGUGAGCCCAUAAUAAACACAUUUAACAGCAGUGAGGCGGUUUUCCACACAGCAGGAGCUCCUCUACCGACAAACAAUUUUUUUAAUGGCACCCAAAACAAGAGCUAGAACUCUUCAACCGUUCACCAGAACCGUCUCUUCAGAAACAUCUGGUGAACCAAUGGAGGAUCAAACAGACAAGAAGAAACCGUAUCAGUGUUCAGAGUGUGGGAAGAGAUUUAAAAAGCAAUCUGAAUUUAAACAGCACCAGCCUGUUCACACUGGAGAGAAACCGUAUCAGUGCUCGCAGUGUGGGAAGAGUUUUGCUAGAAAGACUCGUCUUAAAUACCACAAGCGAAUUCACACCGGAGAGAAACCGUAUCGCUGCUCAGACUGCGGGAAGGUGUUUACCGUAAAGAGUAGCCUCACCGUUCAUCAGCGUCUUCACACCGGGGAGAAACCAUAUCGCUGUUCACACUGCGGGAAACAAUUCAGAUUACAGAAAAUCUGCCAGCUACACCAGCUCACUCACACCGGAGAGAAACCGUAUCACUGCCAAGACUGCGGAACCAGUUUUAACCAACCGAGCAGUCUAAUUGCACAUCGGCGCAUUCACACUGGAGAAAAACCAUUUCACUGCUCAGAAUGUGGGAGGAGCUUCAUUCAGCUGACUCAUCUCCAACAACACCGGCGCGUUCACACCGGAGAGAAACCGCAUCAGUGCUCAGACUGCGGGAAGAGCUUUGGGCGAAAGAGAAAUCUCCAACAACACCUGAGAAUUCACACCGGAGAAAAAACAUUUCAGUGCUCUGACUGUGGGAAGAGCUUUACUAAAUCAGAUAAUCUCCAACAACACCGGCGCGUUCACACUGGAGAGAAACCGUAUUACUGCUCAGACUGUGGGAAGAGCUACAGUUGCAUGGCUAAUUUAUUAAAACACAAAUGCAUAAAGAGCGUAGUAGAGAGCAACGUUUUAUAAUAUUUCACACUACACAAAAUAUUCUCGAUUUUCUGUCACCUUGUUUUUGGAGAUAGCGAUGAAAGCUUCAGAUUGCAGGAAAACCAUCAUUCCAGUAAAGAUGCAGAGCUUUCAGACCUCAAAUAAUCCAAAUAAAACAAGUUCAUAUUCAUAAA